AUGCCACUUAAAACUUAUUUAAUAAAUAAAACAAACAAUAGACGAUUUCGACUUGGUGGUAUUUUACGACUGAGUCGCUUACCAGAUAAAAAUCAAUUAUGUCAAAGAUUUCGUCAACAUAUGGUGUUACAAGCUAAUGAACUUCCACCAAAAGUAGAUCUACGAUCACAUAUGACACCUGUUGAAGAUCGAUCCAAAAUUGGCUGCUGUACAGCUAACUGCCUUGCUGGAGCUUAUGAAUAUUUAACAAAGAAAUUCAAUGGUCUUACUACAGAUGUUAGUUGCCUGUUUAUUUAUUAUAAUGCACGAGUUAAAGGUAACAAUUCGGAAUCAAUCGAGGAUACUGGUUGUUCGAUGGCAGAUGCCAUUGAAGCAUUAGAAGAAUAUGGUACAUGUCUUGAAUCGAUUUGGCCUUAUGACACAUCACUUGUGAAUACACGUCCUAAUAAUCAAGCUUAUCAACAAGGAAAAAACCAUAAAAUACAUGACGCACUUAGAAUUGAUAUUGAUUUAAAUGAAAUGAAAUCUUGUCUUGCACAAGGUUUUCCAUUUGCAUUUGGCAUAGAAUUGUUCAGUUCAUUUGAUAAAGCAACACAAACAGGCAUUGUGCCAAUGCCAAAUCCGUGGGAUAGUAGCCGAAAAUCACAUGGGAGUCAUGCUAUGUUAGCUGUUGGUUACACUGACCAAUCAAAAGCAUUUAUUGUUCGAAAUUCAUGGGGAGAAGAUUGGGGUGAUAAAGGAUAUUGUUAUAUUCCAUAUAAUUAUAUGACUAAUUCAGAUUUUUGUUUUGAUGCAUGGACAAUUCGAACGUUAAUGAAUAAUAAAUUUGGUCAAGAACAUUGGUUUUUUGCUGAUGAUUAUAAUUAUCUUGAUGGUAAUCAGAAUCAUUAUUUGAAUGAUACUGAUGAUGAUGAUGAUGAUGAUAAUCAUAUAAUUGAAACGUUGGAUGAAAAUGAUGAUAAUAACAAUGAUGCAUGUAUUAAUAUCAAUCAAGAUAUUUGGUGUUAUGAUAACAAUUCUAGACGCACAAGUUAUAAUAACAAUUCUAGACGCGAAAGUUAUGACUGUUUGAAUUCCUAUCGAAAUGUUGAAAGAAAUUGCUAUUCAAUAAAUGAUGUUAAUUACAAUGAUGAUAAAAAUCAAGAUAAUGAGUAUAAUGGUGGCUUUUUAGAUUUUGAUUAA